AUGGCCUCCACUAUUGUACUACGAUUGGGGCCGGAGUACAGUGGUAUCCCUGAGGUCCCCUCAGGGUUGAAGAACGCCCACGCAAGACCUCCCCUCGAUAAUUCACAUGCUCCCAUGAACGGAAGCAGUCAUUCAAUGAACAAUUCGCUGGGGCAAAAAGGGGAGGCAGCGCAUACUAUUCCGGGAGAGUGUGAGAGGCUCUUUUGCGACGUUCUGUCUGUGAUAUUCCUUGGUGAGAGGUUGCCUAGACAGGAGUCGCUUGGGAUAGAUGCGUCCCAAAUUCAAGCUAUUGAUACCCGCGGCGAACAUGCGCGGAUUCAAAAGUGGUUUGAAGUACUAGAUUAUACGAGUGACGCAAUGUACCGAGGAUUCGUAACUGGCACGACCGGCGAGCGAACAAUGUUUGUGUUUCUAGCAGGAACAGCCGUUGGUCAUGGCUUAAAAUCGGGGUAUGUCAAUAACACGGUUCUCUCCCUAUCCAACCCGUAA